AUGCUCGAAAAUUUUUAUCGCCCGACGAUGACGCUAGUCCGUUCCUGUGGUCUCGUAUUCGGGCUCACACCUGUCAAACAAGCGGUCGAUCAGCAUGGACAGGGCAAGUGGACGGGAGGAAUCGAGACCACCCCGUAUUCGGUGACUCACCCGAACCCUGAUCCAAGCCACAGUAAGACAGCAUCUUUCAACAUGAACGCCAUCUUUCAACGGAUCCUACCAAGCUUUUAG